AUGUCCCUCAUUACCGAUAACCUCCUCCUAAAACUGUGGGAGCUGGUCCAAACACAGCAGUCCGACGAGCGAGCAUCAGCAAAGCUCUGGAACCAUCUGGACCUCGUCGUCAGGACAGCAGUGGCCGUCGGGGCGUGGACUUUACCGUCGACUAUAUGCGCGAGGGGAACAGUCUCGCGGUGCUCGUUUUUCACGGGGCCGAAGCAUCGGACAGAAGCCCUUGAGCUGUCGAGGGAGCGGAGGCUCGAGCGUACGAUGCUUGUGUGA